AUGCACGCCGCGCUCGCUCUCCUCCUUACAUCUGGCACUGCUUUGGCAGCUGUCCAGCCCUGGGGCCAAUGUGGUGGUAACGGAUGGUCUGGUGAGACACAGUGCGUGAGCGGUUGGAGCUGCAAGGUGACCAAUGAGUGGUACUCCCAGUGCACCGAGGGUGGAGGAGGUGGAGGAGGCUCAAACCCUGCACCGACUACACUGGAGACUGUUACAGCAACUAGUACUGCAAGCACCCAGCCAACCGGUGGUGUCGGCGGUUCAGGAAAGAAUGGAGCAAAGUGUUCCAUCGAUGCUGCAUUCAAGGCAAAGGGCAAGAAAUACAUUGGUGUGGCGACUGACCAAGGCCUCUUGACCCGCGGCUCCAACGCCCAGCUGAUCAUCGACAACUUCGGCCAGGUCACACCUGAGAACAGUAUGAAGUGGGACGCAACAGAGGGUUCGCGCGGUUCCUUCACCCUGGGCACUGCAGACUACCUCGUCAACUGGGCUUCCACAAACAACAAGCUCGUCCGUGGCCACACUACUGUCUGGCACUCUCAGCUUCCAAGCUGGGUCAGCAGUAUCCGUGACAAGUCUACGCUCCAAACUGUUAUGGUGAACCAUAUCAACAAGCUGAUUGGUGGAUACAAGGGCAAAGUGUACGCUUGGGUAAACUUUGUUGGAAUUGCUUUCCGCGCCGCUCGUGCCGCGGACCCGGCGGCCAAGCUCUACAUCAACGAAUACAAUCUCGACUCCGCCAGCUACUCCAAGACACGCGGCUUUGCAUCGGCGGUGAAGCGCUGGGUCGCAGCUGGUAUUCCAAUCGAUGGAGUUGGCUCGCAGUCGCAUUUGGCAAACAACUGGCCCAUCUCUGACUUUGGGGGCGCCUUGAAGAGCGUGUGUGCGGAUGUGAGCGAGUGCGCCAUCACUGAGCUCGACAUCAAGGGUGCGUCGACAUCAGACUACCAGACCGCAGUCAAGGCUUGUUUGGACGAGGCAAAAUGUGUCGGUGUCACUGUGUGGGGUAUCUCGGACACUGACAGCUGGCGCGCGAGUGACAAGCCACUCUUGUUCGAUGGAAGCUCACAGGCAAAGGCUGCUUACAACGGCCUUUGCAGCAUUCUUGUCUAA